AAACAUAUUAUUGAAUCACCACAGUCAAAGUCAACUACCUGUAGUGUCUAAUUCAGUAAACACCGAAAAUUAUUAUUUGGUAAAUUGUAAGGUCUCCACAAUCUAUAGCGUUUCAUCAUUAUCAUCAGUGACGCGUUGGGUAAGUGAGAAUUACUUGAAAAUAGAAGCAGUCUACAAUUAUCUUUACGCCGUGUAAUAUUUAUUUAGUGCGACGUAUAGCGCGAAUAUAUAUCAACAGAAAUUAAUCAACAUUCUGUUUCUGGACACAGUUAAUUUUCACGCGACCGAACAAAUGCAGAGAACAUUGGUAUAUAAGUUUAUCAACUUGUUCACUUGAAUAUUCUUAGAGCUAUAGCUGUGCUUGAAUAUGUCGUGUUUUAUGCAUCUAGCAUCCAAUAUGAACAAGACAGAAAAAAUUGUGGUGUAAAUAUUGAGUGUAAAUAAGACGCAAUUUGAAAGUUCUAUAAUUAUAAAACAUUUUGCGCAAAAUAUAGGGAUAAUGCUUUUCGAAAAUUCGACUUUUUUGUACAGAUUACGGCCCUCUUUCAAACAGUAUAUAUAGCAAUUAUAUAGCAUCGAGCUAUUAUAGUUCGGCGUGUUUACAUCUUGACUGAAUAUCGAAUUACUGCGCCGCUUCAAAGUUUUAUAUUCAGUAAGUCAGACACAAUUUUCGAAAAACUCAGGCAAAGUACGGCUUAGAAAUUCAAAUAUGUUGCACAGAUUUCCAGUUGUAUUAAUUGUUAUAGUAGCACAGACGUAGAAAGCCUGAAAUUUUAACGUGUUAAAUAUACAUCUUGUCAGACUACAGAAUUACAGCGCUGGUGAUAUAGAUCAGUUUCUAUAUUCAAAAGAAAUUUGCCCAAAACCCAAGCAUAGCGUUGUCUAGAAAUUCGACAGAAUUGUACAUAUUUUUACUAUAUUUCCAAUUAUAUGCAGCAAUAUAUUAGCGUGACUCUUUAAGAUAUAAUCACUAAUCAGGUUCGCAUUCAUCUCUAAAUUUUUAGCUAUUCGUUUUCGAAUAAAAGUCACUGACUGCACAAUAACAGCGUUUAAUAUUUAUCAAUCACCAACAUUCUAGAGCGUUUGUUUUGAUUUAGCCUCCUCCGCAGGCCUCUCUAUGGGUUCUAGCCUGCGAAUGGGUUUUGAAAAAAAAAUUUCUGGGAGAGAGGCCUGCCAUAAAUCGAACAAAAUGGACGUGUCAAUGUACCUUGUGGCCGUGUCAAUGUACCCCACCCCCUAAGUAGGCUUUUGAUCCUAAUUAUAUAUUCAGUUUGAAAUCUUCAGGCGAGGAGCGAAGCUUGCGAGUAUUAACUUUAAAAAUGUUUUAAAAUGCAUCGAAAUAUUCAAGUUAUACGAAAAUUAGUUGGUCAAUUGAAAGGAUUAUAUAUCGCAAUGUCUCUCGCGGUCUAAAAACGACGUGCAAAUUUAAUUGAAUCGCUCGCUCGAAGCAGCCAAAUGUUUACAAUGUAUCAAUUGUUCAGCCGAGGAACUACAAUUUGAGGAAAUUAUCUGGCAUAAUUUCGAACGCAAAACGAAGAAUGGAACGAUACGAAAGGUAUAAUUUGUUUAAUAAAGGAAUUAUAUUAAAUUGUAUUGUUUUCUGGAAUAUUAUUUUGGCAUGUUUAUUUAUAUGAAGGGGUUGACAUUUUGAUUAUAUUUUACUAAUUUUAGUCAAAUCAUCAGACAUUUGGCAACAUGUUAAGUGAAUUGAUAUAUAAAAGGAAAAGAUCUUUCUGUUGAAGCAACCAUUUCAGUAAGUGAGGAGAGAUAACAACUUGGAAAUAUCAACUACAGAAAUUUGAUUACAACAAAAGCCUACAAAAAUCAAGAUUUUGUUGGCAUCUUUAUAAGCCUGGUUUACAUAUGCCUGCAUUAUCAUUGUUUACAGCUGUUGAUGCAUACAUUCUUUUGUGAAUUAUUUAGUUGAACUUUUAACGACAAUAGCCCAUCAACAAACAGCAGGUAUAUGUGAACCAGGCUUCACUUGGUUAAAUAGUUAAUUGGAACUCACCCCCUUAAUUAAUAUCAUGUGAAUAUGCUAAACCCAUUAAGUUGCAUUGUAACACAUGUAACAACCUCUUUCUAAUAUAGUGUAUGCCUAGUUGUGUUACACGUACUGGCCACAUGACAUCCAUGAUUUGAUAAAUAAAGAAAUUUAUGAUGUAUCUGCAUAUUCUCUAAUUAUAUGUAUCUCCCUUGUUCAUGUUUAAAUAAAAUUGCUCUUGACAUAUAUUUGUUUUAAAUAUAAUAAAUCUAGAUCGGCAUGAAUCAUGUAAGAGCCUACAAUGCUAGGGGCCCACAACAAGUUCUUGUUGUCUCAUCGCUUGCCGGCACGCCCCUGCUUUUACUCUGUCUAACAUCAGACAAUUUUACUAUUCCAGGGGAGAGUGCAAACAAUGGGCUAAUCUAAAGCUUCACAGCUUACAAUUAAUAUGUACCCACCAUUGAAAGACUUUUGGGUGGUUAAUGUAACAAUUAAUAGCAAAACAUGCAGGGAUGGAUUUACUGGGGGGAGGGUGCACACCCCCCUCCCUAGCCCUGGGGUAUGUGUGUGCUAUUUUUCAUGAUAAAGCAAAAAAUAUUAGAGACAAAAUGAGAUAUUGUACACAGUACACUUGUACCACAUGGAGGUUGUUUUGCCAAAUUAUCAAAAUACUGCUGUUGCUGUAUAUUAAUGGCGGGCUGCACACAUGACGACACAACUCGAGUCACUCGACACCAGAGCUGGCAGAGCACCCCCCUACCAGAUCAUGCUGGAUCCAUCCCUGAAAACACGUCUAACACUGGGAAGUUUCGUCAGUGACUGCUUGUAUGGUUAUAUGGAAAUUUGCCUUGCAAAAUGGAUUUUACCCAUGUAAAUAUUUUGUCUGUAAACUUUGGCAAGCAAAAUGGAAUGUUUGUAAUGCCUCCAUUCGUUAAUUAACAAAUCCAAGGCAAAUGUUAUUAAAGCAGGUCUUCAUACAUGUUGCACCACAUGGAAAACUAUUAGAUUCUUAUUAAAUUCCAGUUGUCCUUUCCCUUAUGUCUACAUUUAUACUCACACCCAUAUAUAAAACAGGGCCACUGAUUUAAGAAAGCUUUUGCUAAUUUUCACCACAUCUGAGACACUCAAGUUUGAAAACUUUGUCUUUGUCCAAGGGAUAAAUUGCACAGUGUAUUCCACAAUAAGAAAGCUAUUUGUUUAAGACUUUUAUUAAUGAUUUCCUUCCAUACAAGCGUAUUAAAACAAGGCAAGAGGUGUUUAUAUAUUUAAUACGCAGGCACAGUCAUAGAUGUCAACAGUUGAAUUUACAUUUUAUAUAUAUUGACAAUUUUCGAUCGUUCCUUUUCGUGUUACAAUUUCGACUAAAUCACUGCACUUUCAGCUUAUUAUGAUAUAAAAUGUCGUCAACAAUUUGAAUAGAAAUUUGCAUAUAUCAACGAUAAACUUUCAAUUGAAACCUUGUCUUGACAUGAACCGACGACAUUGUGAAUUCACUGCUUUGCAAAGUCACUCGUUAUCUCUAAACAAUCCAAGUAAAUCGCUGCGUCGGCUUUCGAUAACGUUCUCAGCUCCUUAGUCAAAGUUCCCUUUGUAUUUGCAAUGUUGAAGAGCAGAAUUAGUCGUUAAUUUUACAGUUUUACUCGUCUUGUAAGCCAUCGUGUUGAAAACAAAAUUUUCUUCACUCCUUGCCGUAAGCCCUUCCUACUCCCCCUAAGUUUGAGUUUGUCGAAAUUUGCAUGCGCGAACCGGUAUGCGCAGUGCAAAUUUUUGUGUCGAUUUAUGGCAGGCAUCUCACCAAACUUUUUCCCACCACCCGAUUCGUCGGGUGAGAUGCCUGCGGAGGAGGCUAGUUUUGAUUUACAGAUUCCGGCUUUUCAUGUUCCUGGUUAAACAGCUUCCGGCUUUUCUCAUUCUGGGUUUUACCGAUUUUUAUAAUGUCAUUAUUAAUUAUUCUUUGGAUAUUUGGGACUUUUUUCGGCAUUUAGGCAAUCUUGCGUACGGCCCUGUUUGCCUUGGAUUUGUUAAUUAACAUUACAUUCGGACAUUACUAAACCACGAAACAGCGAAACGAAACAGCGAAACAACGAAACAGCGAAACGAAACAGCGAAACAACACGUUUUAUAUUAUUUUUAGUGAAAUGAAUAAACUACAUUUAAGUUAAACUAAAUUAGAACGAAGUUAGACGAGAUGAAAUUAAAUCCUUAAUUAAGGUGGCUCCCUACAGUUCUCUAAAAUUCUAGGUAUUUUGAGUAACGUUCGCUUUGAACCGAAUUUAUAUUAGAUACACUUAAGACAAGGCAAUAUGAUAAUUUCCAGGAAAGUUCAGAAGCUGUGUGCUGUCCUUAGACAAUACUGAACGUAAAUACGUAAAAACACACUAAAAGAUUGGCUAUAAACCAGUUAAUAACAUACGUACUGUUCGAAUUCACAAAAAAAUUAGGAUUAUAAUGAAAAACUGGAGCUUUCUUUGUAGAUAAAAACGCCAAAAAACUUCCCGCGGCUUGUUUCAAUAUUUUUGCCGAACAGUAAACACGACGAUUCCACGCGCAGGUCGCGAAAAUGAAGUCUGAUCUAUAUAAAUCGUAUUUAAACUGAACUAACUGUAGGGAGCCACCUUAAGUUACAAUCGUCCAACGUCAUCACGGCAUCAGCACAUAAUAGUCUCAGUAGGGCAAAGUAAAUAAGCAUCAAAACUGUGACAAAUUGAAGAAUGUUUUAUUACUAUUAGUGAAUCCUUUACAAAUCCAUAGGCAUAGGAAGCCCAAUAGUUAAUAUUGUAAUAGGCGCCAAAAGACUAAAAUACUUAAAAAUCCGAUACAAUUUCAUAAUGUGUUACUGUGAAAAUAUUCUAGCAACUGUUUUUGUCGCCAUAGGUGUUUAUUUAAACCAUGCUCAAUCUUACCUUGCCGUUGUGGAUGCAGACUUGCAGUGGCGUAUAUGAAGUUUUUAUUAUUGGGAAGGAUGGAAACUAAUUUUCUCAUAUCCAAUCCACACACAUGCGCGCGAUCGGUCAGAACGGCCCCAAGACAAAUGGCGGCCCCGCUUGGAUUGUUCGAACUAUUAUGUCACCAUAUAACAAAAAUAAAUCCAUUGCCAGAAAUUACAGCUAUGCAAAGGUGAACAUUUAACAAUUUAUUUGUCGAAGGCGAGGUGAUUUAUAUCGGGGAAAUUCCUUCACCGAGACGAAGUCGAGAAUUAACAUUUGAAUAAAACAACUCCAUAGUUCAAUAUUUACAAUCUAAAUUACCUAAUCCUUGAAUUAAUUUUAUAAUUUGUCAUAAAACUUAUUAUAGUUUGAACUCGUGUAAUAAUAAUUUUAUUUGUAUAAUAAUUUUCAAGGCAUGCAAUAGCCGUUUUGACUUGGAGUCGUUUUGACUUGGGGCCGCCGUUUGACUUGCGGCCGUUUUGACCGAGCACCCCACACACAUAUGCUCGUUUCACAGCCAAAAUUUAAUGUCAUAACAACAUGAAAACUUCAAAGAAAUUAUAACAGAGGAAACUUUGACAGUAUUCGAAAAGCAGAAGAGUUUCUAUCCUUCCCAAUAUUCGAUAACAAAGAUUAAUACGUGACACUAUUAGUAUUAAUUAUGACUUUUAUGUGCUGAUGGCGUAGUAGCUUUAAGCAGGGACGCCGGAACUGGGGGGCAGGAGGGGCAGCCACCCCCGUUGCCCUUUAGCAGGAGGGGCAAGGGGGGCAAAGGUGAAAUAGCGAAUUGUCAGAAAUGUUAGUGCAAUUCUUUUACGAAUUUGCUUCAGAAAACGCAAGAAAUGCAGUCAUUGAGCUUCAAGAAUGGCACAAUCGCCUGGCGGAGAACUCCCUCACACCCCUAUCAUCCAAUAAAUAGAAAACAUGGUUAGGCGAAGUUCAAUUCCCGAUGUUUUGCAAAAAUCUCUUAGUAUAUACCAAUUCAAAAGUGCCCUUUCACGAAAAUCUGCCCGCCCCUGCCUUCACAUCGUUCUGGCGUCCCUGACUUUAAGGAUUUCAUCUUGUCUAACUUCGUUCUACUUUGAUAUAAAUGUAGUUUAUUCCUUUUACUAAAAAUAACAUAAAACCGUGUUGUUUCGCUGUUUCGUUUCGCUGUUUCGUUUCGUUGUUUCGCUGUUUCGUUUCGCUGUUUCGUGGUUUAGUAAUGCCCAUUACAUUCCAUCUCGCUUGCCAAAGUUCACUGGCAAAAUAUUUACAUGGCUAAAAUCCAUUUUGCAAUGCAAAUUUCCCUGUAACCAUACAAACAGUCACUGGCAAAACUUCCCAGUGAUAGCUAGUGUUUUGCUAUUGUUAAUUACACAGCAACCACCUUGUCCCAAUAUAGAAUUCCUAAAAGCAUUUCAGUGGUGGCUAUAUAUUAACUGUAAGCUGUGACACGUUUACAACAAUGAAUACAUUUCUUAAGCUUUAGAUUAACCAUUGCCUGCCACUCUCCCAUUGAAGAGCAAAAUUUCUGGUGUUAGACAGAGUAAAAGCAGGUGCUUCAGGGAUGGAACAACGAGAAUUUGUUCUGGCCCCUAGCAUUGCAGGCUCUUACAUGAUAUACAUGACGAUCUAGAUUUAGUGUAUUUUAACUCAAUAAUGUCAAGGGCAAUUUUAUUUGAACAUGAACAAGGGAGAUACAUAUAAUUAAAGAAAAUGCAGAUACAUCAUAUAUAGAAAGAGUUUAUUACAUGUCAACUGCUUUCCACGGGCAUAGGGUCACAAUGCACCUUAAUGGGUUUACCAUAUUUACAUGAUAUUAAGGGGGUGAGUGAAUUAAAAAAACUGCAAUUCCAACUUAACUAUUCGAUGGAGUGAAGCCUGGUUCACAUAUAUCGGCGGGUUAUUGUUGUUAGAAAUUCAACCAACUAAUUCACAAAAGAAUGUAUGCAUCAACAGCUGUAAACAAUGAUAGCACAGGCGUACCGCAGGCAUAUGUAAACCAGGCUUAGUUUAUAUUUAAAAUUAAAGAUGCCAACAAAGUCUUGAUGUUCAUAGUAAUCAAAUUUCUGUAGUCGAUAUUUCCAAGUUGCUAUCUCUCCUCACUUAUUGAAAUGGUUGCGAAAGAUCUUUUUCUUUUAUGUAUCAAUUCUCUGAGCAUGUUGCCAAAUGCCUGAUGACUUGACUAAAAUUAGUGAAAUAUAAUCAAAAUGUCAACCCCUUAGACAUGUCAAGAUAUUAUUCCAGAAAACAAAACAAUUUAAAAUAAUCACUUUAUUAAACGAAUUGUACCUUAUGCAUGUAUCGUUCCAUUCUUCGUUUUGCGUUCGAAAUUAUGCCAGAUAAUUUCCUCAAACUGUAAUUCCUCGCCUGAACAAUUGAGCGGAACUCUAAAUCCAUCAUACAUUAUUCAUAAAUAUAAUUUGAAGACAUUGCAAUUUGUGAACAUUUGGCUGCUUUGAGCGAGCGAUUCAAAAUUUGCACGUCGUUUUUAGACCGCGAGAGACAUUGCGAUAUAAUCCUUUCAAUUGACCAACUAAUUUUCGUAUACCUUAAUGAAUACUUCGACGUAUUAUAUAAAAAACAUAUAUUUUUUUAAACGUUUUUGAUAUUCGCAAGCUUCGCUCCUUGCCCGAAGAUUUGAAACUGAAUAUAUAAUUAAGGUCAAAUGCCUACUUAGGGGGUGGGGUAACGUGCCACGGCCACUAAGAUCCUAUUUUGUUCGAUUUAUGGUAGGCCCCCCUCUCUCUUUUUUCAAAAACAUUUGCAUGUUAAAACCCAUAGAUAAGAGAAGCCUGCGGAGGAGUCUAUAUGUUGUCUUAGUAAUGAAAUUAUUCUCGUUUGGGAUUCAAAUUGAAGUCCCUUGUGUAAGUAUGGUGCAACUCAUAUAUAAUACCAAGUUUUGAUAAACUUUUACUUGUCAUUCUGCAUCGAAAUGGCCCACAAACAUUUGGGAAAAUGUUUGAAUAUUGGAAGAGAUCGCAUUUGGUCAUUUUUAUUGCAAUCAUUCCAUGCGUAAAUACAGGGGCGGCGCUAGACCUCUUUGAAUGGGGGGGUAAGUAAAUUUUGCCGAGUUAUCAAGGCAAAUUUUGCCGAGUUACUACAACCACUAAUUAAUAUUUCUUUUCCCAAAAUUGUUGGCAAACGGGCGGGGGAGGGGGGGGGGGGGUUGCGCCGGCAUAACAUAAAACAAUUUCCGGACAGUAUAUUUCUCUAUAUUUUAGCUAUCAUUCUUAAUUUUAAAUCAGUGUCGAUCAAAAUAUUUUACUUCCUUUCUUCCUAUCCAAAUCCAUGUUUUGCCAACUUGGAUUCAAUAUUUUGCCGACUACUUGGUGACUGGGCGGGUGUUCCACCCCCACCUUUCAGCGCCGGCCCUGGCCAUAAGCUAUUGUGAUUAAUAGGUUAAAAGGAAUUAAAAUUGAAUAUUUAAAUUUUACCAAUUUCGUUUAUUGGAAUCUGCGCUCUUUUUGGUCUGCAAAAUCGGCGAUACUUGGUUACAUAUUUAUAGAAGUAUUGUCGCGGAUGAACCGAUAGUCGGAUAGAUGUUCAUAUUGUGUGUGCGGCCACGUAAAUAAUCCUGUAUUUUCUGUUUGCCAAAUUCAAAGUGAUAAAGAAGGAGUGUACUUGUGAAAUAUUCAGUUUCUCGGGAUCCCUUCCAUAAUAUUCGGUUUGAAUUCAAUUAUUCAAGAAGUCAAUUUUGGUUUCUUCAGUGGUUAUCUUUAGCCAAUCCAGUUUUGUCGACUGAGAUAACAAUUUGCCGAUUUGCUGACGAGUGGGGGUGAUCCCCCCCACCCCCUGUAGCACCGCCCCUGCGUAAAUACAAAAAAGAAAACCUAUUGACAUAUUAAUUAUAGCGCGAUAACAUGUCAAAGUUGGAUUAUCUUUUUUUCUACACACCGUAUGAAUGAAUCUUGGCUUCACAAGUUUAUUCACUGGCAAUGAUUUUAUGUUUGGGACAAAGCUAAUGUUUAGUUUAGGAUUGGUUUAAAUUAAUAGCUUUCCUCGCAACAGUGCUUAUUAGGCGUAUUUCUAUACAAUUUGAACAUAUAUACCUGACUGUUUCUGUUAUGGAAAUUCUUCAAAACGCUCUCUCGUAUAACAAUGAACUCUUUUGUAAAAUUUCAAACUGCAACUUUGCUUUACCUUCUUGAUUGGUGGAUCAUCAUUAUAACCUGUAACCAAUCGCGUCUGUUUGACUAUAAUGCAGCAUUUGUAAAUUCUGACCGCUGAUUGGCUAAGAACGGUGACGAUAUAACUCAAAUGUCAACGCGAAAAAUUAAUAUUUCUUUUUUAUAUUUCUUUGUGCUCUAUUAUAAAACAAUAUAAAACAUUUUAUCUAUUGAUAUACUGUACAGUUAUAUCAACAAUCGUUGAACUUGGGAAAAAUCUAAAUACUGUGAAAACGUUUCCUGGCGUCAUCUUUCCACACAAUUUCUCGUUUUCUCAAGUUCUUCUCGUGUUGAUAUAACUGUAUGUCAACACAGAAAUGUUUUACAUUGAUCUAUCCGUAUUUUUAUACAAUAUGUUCCCGUGUCAUCGUUCUGGGCAAAGUUACAAAUAUAAGAGUUAUGUUAUGUGAUAUAAAUCAAACUUUCUACUUUAUUGAUAUUGACAUUUAUAUUUUUGCGCGUUAUUUUUUUAGAAACACAGGAAGUGCGUGCAAGCAAACUGGUAUUUGUGAAAAAAAAUUUGAAACAUUUUAAUUAAAAUGGAGAAUGAAGCAAAUUAUGCUAUACAAUUUCGUCAUGGAGAACAGAACGAUAUGAAUAAAAGUGGUCAUAUUUUUGGAUAGAACAGCUUCUUGUUAAAUUCAAAUCCAACCGAAUAAUACAAACACAUGAGUUCAAUAAAAAUAUUUUUUGAGUUGGGGCUCACGGAAUGGCGCAACAAGAUUCAACUGGAGAUGACGAACAAGAAGCAAAGGCGUACAUUAGGUCAGGUAAUGAUCGUAUAUUGAACAAUGAUUUUCAAGGAGCAAUUGAAAACUUUAUAAAAGGCUUGGAAAUUGCCGGAAAACGAGGAAAUAUAAAGCAACCAACAACCGAUUCGUUCAAAUCUGGGAUUGAAACAGCAAUUGAAUGCCUUAAGAAAGCUUUAGAAAUUGCAAGCGAUAGCGAUGGAGAAGAUAAAGAACUAGAAAUGGAUACAUUAAUUGGAUUAGGACAUGCUUGUAGGUUGAACAGGCAACUCGAAAGAGCAAAUCAGCACUGUCAGGAAGCCUUAUAUAUUGCAAAUAAACUAGGAGAUACACUUCGAGCAAAUAAGGCGAUGGGCGUAAUUGAAAAAUUGCCACCGUGGAUUGCAUAUAAACGAAUGAUGACAACUCAUGGUAAGCUGCAACCUCGAUCCCAGGCUCUUCCUCUUGUGAGGGAAAGACUCUAGUAGGAGCUGUUCACGUGUUCUGCUAAAAUCUAGCAGAUUAAUUCUAAUUAACUAUCUUGAAUUCCUUUAAAAUCAAAUUAAAUUAAACUUGAAAAACAAAAUGCAAGUUACAAAUUAAGGUAUAAAUAUCAAAUAUUUAUCAACAUAAUCAUCAACGUCACUGAACAAUCUGCUAGAUGACUAGCUCCUAACAGGGAAUUCCCUCCACAAGAGGUUAAGAGUGUGGGAACAGUGCUGAGUAAAUUGUUAUAAUUGUAAUUUAAGAAAUCUAGCCCUAUCCAUCUAACAUUUAACGUUACAAUAUUUUACAUUUUCUGCAAAGGUGAUAAUGCCGCCAUUCCGGUGCGUUUACCUGAAGACCAAUUUUGAGAACCUUGAAAAAAAUAGGUUGGCCAUUGCCUUCAUUACAUAUUUGUAUCCUUUUCAGAAGUUUUUAUUCCAAGAACGUGUCUUGAGAAUUUUCCAUAGCCAGAAAUCACGGAGAUGAUUAUUCUACUUCCUUAUUAAUUUGAAUAUCAUCGAUGCAAUAACUCAUGGAGAUAUGAAUGACUGCGCAGUAAACAGUGAAUUAUAUUACGCAAUACUGUAAAUUGCAAAAUCAGAGAAGUCGUUUGCAAUUUCCCUCAGUUGCUGGUGGCAGAACAUAAUUUGUAAAAACGCGUAGUGUAAUGCUUGCAUGGUGUAAAUUACUGCCUAUAUUCUACCCUUUCGUUUGUUCCUAGACAGUGGCAGUACUUCGCCAAUGCAGUAUUCUUAUUUAGAGUUAAAUAGACAAAUAGAUGUCGUAAAAGUCAUAUUGGGGUUUACUGAAAUCAGCCCAACCAUUACACUAAAUAGUUCGACAGACUUUGUUUUACAGCCAGUUCCUGAGACGCGUUUCAAACGACCUAUUUCAUUCUCAUAUUUUACGAUUAACCAAUCUCGUCCCCAUAGCCAUUGUGCUGAGAAGGCCCUGGCAUCGGCUAGAAUUUGACACCCCAAAUUUUGGGGUGUAAAUAAAUCAAGACCACUUAAUUUCAAUGCGCGAAAUUGAUUUGUUCUACAAAAUAUCCUAUACUUACCGCUCCAAGACAAAGUAAAUUUUAUAUACAUUUAAUCCUCGAGAAAUAAGCUAUUGGAAAAUGUUUGAAUCAAGUUUAUACGGUCAGAAAUUUAGAAGUUAGAUUUGGCAGCCGCUUGACUAGAAUUUAAUUGUUUAAAACAUAACAAUAAGAUUACAAAUCUUAUAUAAACUCAUCCAAUUCUGUUGUGGAGACUUUGUUCACUUAACUUUCGAAAGAAAAUCUUCUAAGGAUUUCAAAUAUAUAUAUAUAUAUAAUGUGUCUCGUGUUAAAAUAUAAAAUAAUUUUUAAAUGAAGAUAAGUGAAUGGCCUUUGCACGUCAGUCGAGACAUUAAAUAUUUUGUUUAGACUGAAUAUGGAUCAAAUUUCGUCGGAAAUUUUGGUGAAAACUUACUCAAACCUUUACAUAGCCUACCUUAUACAAUCUGUAUCACUAUACAACCAGGAGUUUAAGAAUGUUUGACUGAGGUAUAUUGGUUGAGUAUUUAAAAAUCGUCUAAAGUUUUGUACUGAGAAUUUUAAAAUAUAUUAUUAAUACAUAUGACAGCAUGCAUGCAUGGCACGUGACAUAUAUAUUUUUGAAAUCCUUUGAAGAUUUUCGUUCGAAAGAUAAGCAAACAAAGUCUCUACAACAAAAAUUGGAUGAGCUUACAUAAGAUUUGUAAUCUUGUUGUCAUGUUGUAAGCAAUUAAAUUUUAAUCAAGCGGCUGCCAAAUGACUCCUAACCAGGGCCUUUCAGAGGGGGGGGGCGGGAAUUUGCGCCGGGGCCCCAGUUUAAGAGGGGGGCCAAAUUUAAAAAUUUAAAAAAGAAAUUUCGAACGUUUUUUUAUAUAAAUAAUGGUAUGAGAAAAAAUUUUCUAAACCAAAAUUUAAGCGAUUUAUUGUUCGAAAAAAAGAGUUUGACCUAUGUUGUAACAGGAAUUUGUUUGGAAAAAAAAAUUGCAUCGUAGUAAAGUUAAAUUCGACCAGAAAAAUUUUUUUACCCUUUUUUUAAAUUCCGGAAAAAAUCCCCCCCCCGCCCCAGCUCGGCAACUUUUUCGGGAUGAUAGAUGAUUUCCGACAGCUUAUUUCUCGAUGAUUAAAAAUGUAUAAAAUUUACCUUGAAGGACAAAUAAAUUUCGCGAAUUGAAGUUAAGUGGUCUUAAUUUAUUUACACUCUAAAAUUUGGGGUGUAAAAUUCUAGCCGAUGCCAGGGCCUUCUCAGAACAAAGGCCCUGUGGACGAGGUUGACGAUUAACAGACGUCGCUGUUUAGAGUUGAAUACAUGUUUCAACGCAAUAUGCAAAUUACGAAAGGGUAGAAUAAUUCAUUUCCGUUAUUUUUUCCAUGAUGAUGCAGGAAACAUAUCAAGCUAGCCUUGAACGCUUUCUAUUAAACAUAUUUCAAGUUUAUAUUUAUAUUUAUACAGUUUUUAUGAUUUUUACGAACACUUGCACGGAACAGUUUCAAAUAUUUCCACACUCUAGUUGGUCCAGCUAUGUCCUAGCACUCGUCAAAUGCUCCAAACAAGGGAUUAGGAUUUUUUGUAAACAUUUAAGAUCAGGCAUACUCUACUUUCAAGUAAAUGUAUGCAAUGGCCAGUGUCGUCGUCUCUGUUCAAAGCGCGAUGAUUCAUGGGACAGUAUAAACUCGACAAGCUUUGAUUUGUUCGAUCUGACAAAAUAAACUGUUAUAAUUCUGUGGUGGUUUCCGAGUUUACAUAUCUCACGCGAUCAGAUUAACUAAGAAUGCGGUUAGGAUUAAACUUCCACAACAAAAUAACACUCGUUUUAACGUAGAACAGGAAAUAUCUGAGCUGAUAGUAUUAAAAUACUAUGUUUAUUAUUCUUCAAAUGUAUAAUAAAAAAACGGUUUUUACGAUAUGCAAAAUUAUCAAGAUCUCGGUAAGCGUUAUCAGCCUCGCCUUCGGCUCGGCUGAUAAACGCUUACCUCGACCUUGAUAAUUCCGCAUAUCACAAAAACCUCAUCCAAUAAUUGUUAAUUAUCUGUGAGUCUCCCCACGUGGUCGCAUCAUUCGCAUGCGUCGUUUGGCGCACGUGUACCACCAAAGCAAAUUUUUCUUUGGCGAAAGUUGAAACUGCGUUUUGAUUCAUUUACAUAAAACCAGAGUAUUGAACGAAAACACUUCUGACUUCGGAUAUUAAAAUUGGUUGCUGUGAAUGAAGAUCAACUUUUCAAACGCUAUAGCUGCAUUUGACUGUGUAUUAAACUGUACUUUAACCUUUACAUUUAAAUAGACUUCCUGAUAACAUCAACGAUCUUCAAGCAUCCAAUACAUCAGAUAGCGUUCAACCGCAUGACAUACAAAACGAAAUUGUUCACAAUGCCCAGGAAGUAGAUAUCGAAAGCGGAACUAUCAGUCAAGAAAGAAACACUUCUGCGGAACAAUUAUUGAUCUUAGGGAAUGACAAAGUUCUCCCAAAUGAAGAAUAUGCAAAUUUGGGAAACGUAUAUUACGAGAGCUGGAAGUUUGAUUCAGCUGUCAAAUCUUAUCCCAAAUCUAAAGAAAUUUCUCUGGAUCUUGGUGAUAGAGAAGAAGAAGCCAACGCCUAUCUCAGGUUUGGUGAUACAUUUCAACAAUUGAAGCAACACGAGAAAGCAAUUGAAUAUUUCCAAAAAGCGAUAAAUAUUAGUAAUGAACUGAAAAAUACAGAUAUACGAACGACAGCAGUCCAGGGAUUAGGAACAUCAUGUUUAAUUUUGGCAUCAGAUUUUAGUAAAAAAUGUGAUUACAAAGUGGCGAGUGAAUGGUACGAGAAGGCGUUGGAUAUUUAUGGAACAGAGUUCAAUGAUCAUGUCUUGCAAGAAGAGGCUCUAAUCGAUUUAGGAGUUGUCUUGUUCGAUCUUGGAUAUGCAAAAAAAAUAAUUGAGUCGAUUGAAGAAGCUCAAACGUUUGUUAAAAAGGCAACUGGCACAGGUAAUUAUUUCAGAUGAUUCAGUAAA